CCAGCCUAUCCUCUUUAGUCCCCUUCCUUUCUCUCUUCUCUCCUUUUCUGUCCUAAUAGUAUCGCAUCGCCCUCUCUUCUAUGAAUUCUAUCCAUCCUAUCAAAAUUUCUCGCCUCUGUGCUAAUUUUUCAUUUUCUGAAUCAUCGUCUAUCAAAGCUUUGGUUACUAGGGUUUUCUGCUCUGUUCUUCUAUAACUGGACAAGCUGGAUAUCGAGAAUCAACAACACGCUAUUGGGGUUGUAAAGACCAAGCAAAAGAAAGUCAUGGUAAGGCCAAUGGUUCCAAUGGACGACGACGAUUUGGGUCCGCCGUGGUUGAAACCUAUGUUGAAGGCCAGCUACUUCGUUCCCUGUUUAAUCCACAGAGAUUCCAACAAGAGCGAGUGCAACCUGUAUUGCUUAGACUGCAUGGGGUAUGCUAUCUGCUCUUAUUGUUUGGUCCACCACAAAGACCAUCGCGUUGUUCAGAUAAGGAGGUCUUCAUACCACAACGUCAUUAGGGUUAAUGAAGUUCAGAAAUUCAUCGACAUCUCCGCCAUUCAGACCUACAUUAUCAAUAGCGCGAAGAUCGUUUUCCUCAAUGAAAGGCCGCAACCAAGGCCGGGAAAGGGCGUUACUAACACUUGCGAGAUUUGCUCUCGAAGUCUUCUGGAUUCUUUCAGGUUCUGCUCACUGGGGUGCAAACUAGGAGGCAUGAAGUGUGGUAACCCGGAUCUGACAUUUACAUUGCGGUUGAAACACAAUCGGAAUGUGCUUCAUGGCUCUGAUACGGACGAUUCGUCGACCCCCAAGAAGCUUAAGAAGACAUCUAUUUUCAACCGUUUCAUGGACCCAAUAUUAUCACCCGACGGGGAAAAGGAUUUUGUGGAGAAGAACACGAGUUCAGGUGAUGAGGGGGUGAAAAAUAUAUGUCCGGCAACUCCGCCCAUCGUCAAUUACCGUACGGCUAGAAGAAGAAAGGGUAUCCCUCGUCGUGCUCCCUUCUGAGUUUUGACUUGUCAAGUGGAGGGAACGCCGACCGAACAAGGAGGGAGAGGGGGUGUGGGAACUCUGUAGAAAGGAAAGCCUUUGCUUUAGAGGAAAGCAAAAUAAAAUUU